CAUUAAUCCAUUUUGCAGAGAAAACUCAAUCUAGAGCGGAAGGCCCAACACUGCCACUCUUCAUUGUGUGGGAGGGGCGGCAAGCGGCGGAAAUGAAAGUCCUCUUCACGACGCUGAGACGGCGAUUGGUAGGCUCGCCGCUGCGGCCUCCGGCUCUGACUUCUCUGUUCAACCUUUUCUGCCCUCGCAAGUAUGAAGCCGAAAGAGCUUGGCGGCUCAGUAGCUCGUACAUCUUAGGCCCGGACCUUCCCGACAUCUGGAAACAUCCCAGCUCGGCACCUCCAACCCUUCCUUCACACUCCACGAACCAAGGCGGUGAUGACCUUAAUCCAACAAUUAUCAAUGGAAAGAUAAUUGCAGAAGAACUAAGAACAGGAAUUGCAGCAGAGAUACGCCAGAUGAAAGAUGCAACUGGAAAAAUCCCAGGUCUAGCUGUUGUGUUGGUGGGCAAGCGAAGAGAUUCACAAUCUUAUGUCCGUCAUAAAAUAAGGGACUGUGAGGAAGUUGGAAUCAACUCUUUCCUGGAUGAGCUUCCUGAAGAUUGUCCACAAGAUGAUGUAGUAAAUGCUGUAUCAAACUUCAACAAAGAUCCAUCUGUUCACGGUAUUCUUGUGCAACUACCUUUACCAAAACAUAUGGAUGAGGAGAAAGUUCUAAACACGAUUAGUCUGGAAAAGGAUGUUGAUGGCUUCCAUCCACUAAAUGUGGGAAAUCUCGCAAUACGAGGAAGGGAGCCUCUAUUCAUUCCUUGUGCAGCAAAAGCUUGCAUUGAGCUCUUGCUAAGAUCUGGUGUUGAGCUAGUGGGUAAAAAUGUGGUUGUUAUUGGACGAAGCAGAGUGGUUGGGCUACCUACUUCCUUGCUAUUGCAGAGGCAUCAUGCAACUGUGAGUGUAGUUCAUGCUCACUCAAAGGACCCGGAUCGAAUCACCCGAGAAGCUGACAUUGUAAUCUCAGCAGCAGGAGUUCCUAACCUGGUUCGUAGGAAUUGGCUUAAAAGAGGCGCAGUUGUCAUUGAUGUAGGAACAAGUCCAGUUGAUCUUGUGUUCUUCAUGGUAUCAAGAGCUCGGCAAGCCAAUCCUCUCCAAUGACAAGCUCUGUCACGUCUCAUCCCGGCGAACAACCUUAUGCGGAAGAUCUUGAAGAUUCAUUCAUAUGGAGGACACGUAUAUAUAGAAGAUGGAGAUGGCCUCAUUACAUACAGACCAAUAGAUGAGUGCCACCUCAUGCAAUAAUUAAGAUAAUACAAAGUUAUAUAUCUUUAUGUACUAAUAGUAACUUUAGUCAUCACUGGGGAUUUUAUUGCUCUUACAGGGUACUCUUAAAUUACUCUUAAACUAUCCCCACACCCACAUUCCCUUCCACUCAACCUUUAUGUCGUCGUCUCAGUAACACGGCCAUUGAAGGCUCUGUCUGCCUGCUCUACUAAAUUACAAUAUAAAAACCCAAGCCUCAAGUUGAUAAAUGCUUCCCUUUCUUUCCUUCACAGUCUAAUGUAGAAAAAGGAUUAAUAUACUGUCAAGUUACUGACGGGUUCUUAAUGGUGAUCUCCUUCUUGAUCUUUUACUUAUUUCCCCUGUUGAAUUUGCCUUUGUAAUGUUUGUAUUCUUUCUUAAGUUCGCCCUUAAUGGAAAGAUAAAUGAAUUAUACUUGUAGAGAGGAAGAGAGGGAGUUUAGAGAGAGAAUAGAAGGAUAUUGUUGGCUGGGGGUUCCAAGCAUUGAUACUAACUUGCCUUGUGGAUUUGUGCAAAAGAGAGCCUGUAAGAGUGGAAUUUUUUAUUUGGAGCGGACAAAUACCUAAAACUUGCUAUACUUUUAAGCCAAAUUGAAAUCAACCCAACGGCUUAAAAUCUAAUUUGAAAUGAUUUUGAAAAUGAAAUGGAAACUAUUGUAUAUUAUAUAGUGCUUUAAAAAUCGAACCAGACAGACAUUAGACUGAACAAAUUAUAUGGCCGGUUCAAUCCCACCUUGAUUAUAAUUCCCAUAGCUAACUUGCAAGAACUAGUGAGAACAGCCUAUUCAACAUGCCAACCGGCAAACCAUUCUCAUUUUCUUUGAAUUGGUCAGUUUAAUUGCUAUCAGCUAUCCCAUUAAGCACCAUUGAUUAGGUUUCAACCAAACUGAAUUAUUUGAUGAUUGACAACUCAUUUAGCAAAAAACAUUAAUGUCAAAUAAAUUAAUUUAAAUUUAACAAUUAAUAAGCAACAACUGAACCAAGCCUUUUCACAAACCCCAAGGGUAAAAAAAUCAUACCAAACAACGAAUCGGAAGAAAAAGAGGUUCAUGAUUCGACCGGUCGAACCGGAUGAUGUAAUAAAUAAUAAUAUUAUUAAAAAUUGCCUCCACAACCAUUUAACAUCAUAUGACUCUUAUGGAUUUCAUUGAAACUCAUUACCUUCACUUAUUGAUGAAGACUUAUUAUCUUAAUAGCAUAGUUUCAUAUUAGGUGGGCAUCAGUUAAUUCUAUAAAACAUAAAUAAAAAUACUGUCACAGCAAUUAAGUUUAUAAACCAUUAAAAAAAAUUCACAAAUAACUUAAGCAGGAUUAAUAACUAAUCUAAUAAAUGGAGAAAAACGG